AGAUGCUUAUAAAGUGCGUCCGCAUCGCCUCCCAGCCCGAGCGUGGUCGGGUCUCCUCGCCGCCAUGGCCCUGCGUCCCGACAUCUUGGACGAGCUGCCCACCGCCUGCCUGUCGCCGUGCGGGCCGCCCAACCCCGCCGAGCUCUUCAGCGAGGCGCGGCGCUUGGCGCUCGAGGAGCUGGUGGCGGGCGGCCCGGAUGCCUUCGCGGCCUUCCUGCGCCGCGAGCGCCUGGGCCGCUUCCUGAACCCCGACGAGGUGCGCGCAGUCCUGGGCGCUGCGGAGCGGCCCGGCGAGGAGGGCGCGGCAGCGGCGGCCGAGGAUUCGUUCGGCUCAUCUCACGACUGCUCGUCCGGUACCUACUUCCCCGAGGAGUCGGAUUUGGAGCCGCCGCUGCUGGAGCUCGGCUGGCCCGCCUUCUACCAGGGCGCCUACCGCGGCGCCACGCGCGUCGAGGCGCACUUCCAGCCCCGCGGCACGGACGCCCGCGGCCCCUACGGCUGCAAGGACGCGCUGCGCCAGCAACUCCGCUCUGCACGGGAGGUGAUUGCCGUGGUAAUGGAUGUUUUCACAGACAUUGACAUCUUCCGAGACCUUCAGGAAAUAUGCAGGGAGCGGGGAGUGGCUGUGUACAUCCUUCUGGACCAGUCUCUCCUUUCCCACUUUUUGGACAUGUGCAUGGAUCUGAAAGUUCAUCCCGAACAGGAAAAGCUGAUGACGGUGCGGACUAUCACGGGAAACAUCUACUACGCAAGGUCAGGAACUAAAAUUGUCGGGAAGGUUCACGAAAAGUUCACACUGAUUGAUGGCAUUCGAGUGGUGACAGGCUCCUACAGCUUCACAUGGACAGAUGGCAAAUUAAACAGCAGCAACUUGGUCAUUCUGUCUGGCCAAGUGGUCGAAUGCUUUGAUCUGGAGUUCCGCAUCCUGUACGCGCAAUCAAAGCCCAUCAGCCCCAAGCUCCUGUCCCACUUCCGGAUCAGUGGCAAGUUUGACCACCUUGCUGACCGCAAACCACAGUCCAAAGAGCUCACGCUGGGCAACCUGCUGCGCCUGCGGCUGGCCAGGCUGUCAAGUUCACCCAGGAAGACAGACCUGGGCUUGGGGGCGCCCCUGGAGAGUGAGGCAGAGACCAAGCGACAGGACUCCAAGUCCUCCACUGUCAGCGAGGAGGGUCACUUCCAUAGCCACAGGGACAUUCUGGGGGACAGAAAGGCUGUUGAUGUCGCCACCCAGACAGAGCCAGAAGAGGAGACGCCCUCGGUUAGCAUGAGGGAGGUGGGGACACAAACCAGCAGCAGCACCCUGUGUGCCGGGACCCAAACCACUGUGGCCACCAGGGUUGCGACCUCCCAGACGGUGGUGUGGACCAAGUCGACCACCACACAGACUGACGCGGAUGAGAGCGGGAUCUUUUCUCGGGGAACUCAGUCUGAAGAAGGGUCCCCAGUAUCAAAAAUGUCUGUGUCGAGGUCUUCCAGUUUGAAGUCUUCCUCCUCCACGUCUUCCCAGGGCUCGGUGGCCAGCUCCAUCGGCUCCCAUGCUUCCCUCAGAGCCACCGACCCCCUCAGUACUGGACACACCAAGUACCUGGGCACCCCUCACCUGGAGCUGUGCCUGCGGGACUCCUUCAGAAACCUGAAUAAAGAGCGGCAGUUGCACUUGGCUGGCGUGAGGUCCCGGCUCAACCACAUGCUGGCCAUGCUGUCGAGGAGAACGGUCCUCUCUGAGAACUACCUUAGCAUCAGUCCUGGGAAUUUCACCAGAGCAUCAGUUAAUUUGGUUGCUGUUAGAGAUUUAGCGCUUUAUCCCUCUUAUCAGUGACUUCAGUAUGACUCCAGCUGGGUGUGGCCAGAGCUUCCUGCUUUAAAAUCAUCACACGCCCCUGACUGUCUCUCUUUCACUUGACUUUAGCACCUUGACCACCUUUGAAUUUCUGUUCUGUGCAUUAUUUUAUGUGGUUUUUGUUUUAUCUUUGUCAUGUAGCAACUGGGUAUUGAUGGUAUGAUUUUAAACACUAUGGGUACAGGUUUUUUUGCACUGUUUUAAUAUUGGUAACUCUUAAAGAGAAUGCUGAGGUUCAUUAGUAAGACAUAAAAUGUUCCACACUUUUCUUGACUUGUGUGCUAUUCUUAAACGUCUGAGUCACUGCUGUUUUUAUGAUCAAAAUCCUAUUUAGAAAAACAAGACUGUUUCUUAAUUGUUUAUCUCUAUAAAAUAUCUAUUAUCUUAGCAUUAAAUAAACAAUUUGUUUGCUUGAAUUUUUUAA